AGCAUUGCGCAUCGCCUCGACUCUUCCUGCGAGUCAAUUUUGGUUUCUCCAAGGAAGCAUGGCACAGAAAGUUGCCCGUUCGUUGCUGCGAUCAAGCUGCUUAAGAGAGCCAGAACUCUGCAGACGAUUAUCGACGCAAGUUGCACCUGCCUACAAGACCCCUUCCAACUUCCGAACUUCUGAGUCAAAUCCCACCAAUCACACCAAGCAGCAUGAAGGGCUCUUCUACACUGUUCCACCAGACAUCCAGAAAUCAAUCUUCCAGAUCUUCAGGCCCACUAAAAAGAUGGAAGUAAUGAACGAGAUGUUUGCAGAGUUCUGCGUGAUGGUCCGGCAACCGUUCCUCGAAGUCAAGGCGUUCCUCGAGAAUUACAAUUAUAAAUUACCAGCCCUCAGGAUUAUGCUCUACGGUAAGCAGGGAUCUGGCAAGGCGGUCACUCAAGCCCACUUGCUUCACUACGCCGCCGUCAACAACUGGCUCAUUGUCUCCAAGGACUGGGCUCCCAUGUGGGUGAAACGCCCCAAGGAGCACACGGCCAACGCCGCGGACGAAACACUCAUCGACUCGCCCAUAGACGCUGCUGUCUGGCUUCAGCACUUCCGCGUCCUCAACAGCCAGCUGCUACAAGAGUUGAAUCUGACCGCCAUGGAGACGUACAAAUGGUCCGAGCGAGAGGUGACCGAAAAGGGAGAGCCUCUCACCAACAUUAUCGACCACGUGAGCAUCCGUAAACGACCCCCCUACACAACAACCCUUGCGAGUGACCACUCUUUUUUUCAGGGCGUGGAGCGUAUCAAGCACUCCUGCGAUUGCCUCGGGGCGCUCUUGCGGGAGAUCAAGCAAUACACGAACUCUGGCAGGGUGAAGACACUGGUGAUGCUAAGAGGCGUCAAUACGUUUUGGCAUGACUCCUACUUACGUCGACUGGAUCGCUCUUUCAUUCCUGCCGAGGACUUCAGCAUUGUGCGGCACUUCAAGGAGGUGCUCAAAAAUGACUGGAGAAAUGCGGCCAUCGUGGUCACAGUGGAUCCAACUGGCCUGCCCCUGAGGCACCUCAAGAUGGAUCAGCUGGACGUACCAAGCUAUUACCCAAAGUACCUCCUCGGACUCAAGGGUUUCGAGUUCUUCGAGCCAUUUGUGCCAGUCCACGUCCCGGGUUACAGCGAGAAGGAGAUUGAAAGCUGCCUGGACUAUUACGUGGACCGCCGGUACAUUCAGAACCGGCGCGGCUGGACAGAAGAGGGACGCAUGGAGCUCAAGUUCUUGAGUGGCUACAACCCGCAUCAGCUCGCGCGCAUCUGCCAGGCACGGUGACGUCACAUUUUUGCAGAGUUUGUAGGUCUCGUUGAAUAAAGCGAAGGAGUGAGUCAAAAGCACCUGCUGUUGCAUG